CUCUGUGUUUCAGCCUCAGAGGAAACUUGGAUGUGUUCAGGGCGCUGCACUCACUCAUGCACUCAAUUAACAGCUAAUUACAAGAUUAUUCAGGAGUCUGGACUGCGUGUUUGCGAUUCAUCACCGCAGGCUAUUACCACGUGUGCGCCACUUUCACCGCACUGCUGUGAAACUGCGGACACACCGCUGAAACAUCCUCUGGAGACAUAAACUGGGUGAAAAGACAGCCGGCGGAGGACUCGGGCAGACAUGUCAGACAACGCCGGUUGCGAGUUUGAAAUCGACGUGGAGAGCCUGGAGACGGAGAGCGACGACCUGGCGGACUCCUCCAGCCGCCCCGGCUCCGCGUCUCUCGGCCCCGCCGCCUCCGAGGACGACGGAGACGGCAGCAAGAGCGACGAUAAGCCGGGCCCCAGCGGCCUGUGUACGGGGGACCAGAGGAAGCUGAGCCGGACGCCGAAGUGCGCCCGCUGUCGCAACCACGGCGUAGUGUUGUUGAAGGGACACAAGCGCUUCUGCCGCUGGAGGGACUGCCAGUGCGCCAACUGCCUGCUGGUGGUGGAGAGACAGCGGGUGAUGGCGGCGCAGGUGGCCCUGAGGAGGCAGCAAGCCACGGAGGAUAAAAAAGGAAUAUCUGGGAAACAAAUUCCAGCAGAGAGAAGGACAAUAUAUCAGCGACAUAUUCGACCAUCCACCAUGCUCGCCAAAAGCAUCCUCGAAGGAUACCGUCCGGUGCAGUCUGAUCCGUUCCUGGCGGCCAAUCCGUCCCUCCCCCCACCGCUAAGCGAUCGCAUGAGGAAGAGAAGGGCCUUUGCUGACAAGGAGCUGGAAACCAUCAUGCUGGAGCGGGAGUACAAAGAACGAGAGCUGCUGGAGAACAGCCAGGCGGCCACAGCUUCGCUCCUCUUCCCAAACAACAUGGUCCACCACGCCGCAGAGUACAACUACAAGACGGCGUACUCACCAGCAGCACAGGCUGAGCCACAGCCCAAAGAGCUGUGCAACUUCCUCGGCCCUAACUGCCUGGAUCUGUCCAUGCAGUACCCCGCCGGCUCGGCCAACGUGGAGCUCAUCUCGUCCAACGUCAGCGUGGCCACCACCUACCGCCACUACCCGCUGCAGCCAUCACGAGGCGGCUUCAUGAUGUGGCCCCGCAGUGCAGCCAACCUGGGUGAUGCCCUGCUCUACCAGCAGUGCCUGUUCAAUGCCACAGCUGUGCAGAACAUGAAGCCCGGUGCGGUGUGGGAGCCUAAGGUAAUGCCAGCCGAGAGCCAGCCGCCCGAGCAGGAGGCUGCGGCCGCUAUCACUGCUAAACUGGAAGGAUCCCGAGCCGCUGCGCUGCAGGACUUGUCAGACCCUCAUCGGGUUGAUCCCAAGCCCCCCGGUGUCACUCAGGGGGGGCAGAGGGAGUGCUCAGCCUUCUCUCCACCCAAGAGGAGCUUUGGACAAUCCUUCCCCAACAACUCUCAUUCCCAAAACUCCAGCCAAGUCCUGAACAAGCUGAGCAAGGACAGCAAUAAGCUUUCCAUGAAACUCAACUCCUUUCACUCCCUCAUCCAGCACUCGCUGAGCGAAAAAACGAGCGGCGGGGCCGGGCCGGAGCUCAGGGCUCCAUACUGCAAAGAGCUUUUAGAGGAGGCUGCCCGCAAGAUCAGGGAGGGCUCCGCCAAGGACAUUCAGGCUAUUAAAAUCACAGACAGGUACGCCAAAGACUUUCUGUCUAAGCCUGUAGGGACCAAGAUGGCGUCCAGUGAGUCUUUGUCCUUCUCUGUGGAGGCCAUACUGAAGAGACCCACACCUGCUAUGAGUCGAGCAUUCCAUUAAUUUCCAUUAAGUGUCUUUUCUUGCACUAUAAACUUCAGGUUUGUCUCAGUUAGAGGGCAUCUCAAGUUGUGGUUUUGGGGUCAAACUAAAUCUUAAACACACAGACACUGCUUCAGAAAUUAGACCAGCUAGACAUUAUUUUCUUUCCCACAAUGUAAUAUUUAUGUACAGUAUAUUAUAUUUUACAUGUGCAUGUUUAAUAACUUUAUUGUGUAGAGUAUUUAAACAUUAUCCCAAUGUUUUCCUCAUGUCAAUAAAAUUUAUAAGACUGAACUGUUACCAUAAAAAA